GAAGUCAAGAGUCGAAUGGCUUACACACCCGGCGCAAUGGCGACCGAGGAGGGAAUGCUGAGUGGUGGUUUCGGCUCGAAAUUGAAGUGCCCAACCCCGAUUUCACGUUUGAGAGUGGAAAAGAUCGAGGGUGGUCUAAUGGUUGCCGGGGUUGUAAUAGCAGCGAACUGCCAGAUUGCUCUUCCGGCAUUUGGAUUUCUUUUCAUGCUCGUCGGCGCUGUUCUCACUGCCGCUUCGUAUCGUGGCCCCGGCGAAGACGAGGAUAAGGACUCGUAUGCAGCUCGUAUAGCAUUCACCGGAAAUUCACGUAUACUCGGUCCGAUAUGUAUCGUCGUUGGUGCCCUUAUGCUUGCCCUAGGUAUACUACUAUGCAUGCUUACGAGACGUGCGAGAAGAAGGGAACGCAGAGUUGGCUUCCACUGUCCCUUACACGGGGAUUUCUACCCUCUCAGUCCGGUUCAGAGUGUCAAGAUGCUUGGUGUCUCAGGGAAAAGUGCCAGCGGAUGGCCAAGGAUACCCUGUUUGAAAAGUCGUACGAUGAGUAAGUCCGGUGCAAAUGGUUCACACGUUGGUCCACCCCAAUGUCCGCAUUCUGUAUUAAGCAGCACAAGAAGUUCAGUGAGCAGUUCACCUUUGAGUCCUUGCCCUACGCCGAUGCCGUUCCUCGUCACUUCCGGUUCCGUCAGCAGUGGCAUGGUGCAAAAUGUUGGGGCCAAUCUGUCACCGGAUCAAACAUUUGGAUCAAUUAGAUCACUUUCGGUUACAAGAGAAGUCGCAAGUUUUCCGUUGUCACGGACACCCACGCCACCUCCUCAGCAUAGGCCGUCGUUGUUGCAACCGAACAACGAUGAUCUCGUCAUUGGAGUUGGUAGUCCAUUGAGAGAGGCCUCACCUAGACCGGAAGUGCGUGUUGUGGCACCAGCCCAUCGACCUCCAUCCGGGCUCAUUGCACAUCAACCAAUGACAACAAACAACCUCGUGUCGCCUAGUAUGACGAAUUUAACGACGAUGACGACAACGACAACAACGACGAUAAUGAUGAUGACGACGACAACAUCAACGACAUCGCCAAUUACUACAAUGACCGGUUCUAAGGCGACCUCGUUGCCGCCAUCGUCGUCAUCAUCGUCGUCGUCGUCGUCGUCAUCAUCGUCGUCGUCGUCAUCGAUUACGAGUACGAUUGCGAGUGCGAAGAUGAGGACGACGACGACAGGAACGACAGCUACGACGAAUCGUAAGUCGGUGAGCAUAUUACUUCCGGAACACACAAGUGGAUGACCCCAACAACAUGGCUUCGUGCACCGCUGCGACGACGAUCCCCUUCCAAUUUAAGACAUUUAAUGGAGGGUUUAGCUUUAAACGAAAAAAAAAAAAGGAGAACGAUGGGGUAAAGGGGAUGGGAAGGGGAAAUGAGGUAGGAUGAGAAGGGAGUCACGAAGAGAAAAGAGAAUAAUGAACCCAGACUUUUCUCUCUCUCUCUCUCUCUCUAUUUCUAUCUAUCUGUGUAUCUAUCUAUCUAUCUGUCUCUUUCUCUCCUUAAGAUUUGUUCUUUUCAACUCUUACAUACUCGUACUCCUACGUUUGCAAUUAUCAGGACAGAGAGAGAGAGAGAGAGAGAGAGAGAGAGAGGAGAGAGAAAGAGAGAAAGAGAAAGAAAAAUCUAUUAUAUAGCUACCUACGCUCUUGUGUUCCCAAUAUAUAAAAAGAAAGGAAGACAAAGAGAAAGAGAGAGAGAGAGAGAGAAACAAAGAAAUCCAUUCCGAGCUCUAAUUCUGAACUCCAAAAGUCUAGAAAGAGAGGGAGAGGGAGAGAGAUAAAGUGAGAGAAAGAGAGAAAGACAUGAUUGAGGAUGAAAAUGUGUGAAAAUUAAAAGAUGGAGACAGAGAAAAAGAGAGAGAGAGAGAGAGUGAAAGGGAGAAAGAGGGAAAAGAGAUCAAUUUAAUCAAAGAGAGUGAAAGAGUGAGAGAAAGAGAGAACGAAGCAAUCGUGCUGUCAAUGAAACUGUUUCGUUAAACAACUUCGUUGUCUCGUUCCUGGAUCUUUCUGCCAUGACGUAGAUAGAGGUGAAAUAAAGUUCCGGAUGAUAAAAGAAAAAAAAAAAAAAAUGAAAGUUAACCUCUAAAUAUUAUGGGAUUUCAUAAAAA